GAAGCCCACACGCAUAAAAGGCCCGUUUCCCCCGUCAAUAUCUCUGAGCUUAGAUUAGGGUUUUCGUCACUUUGAGCUGAAGUAUCCCUACAACGCCUCCUCUGCGAAUUUGCUAGCGCACAACCUCUCUACACUCCGCAACCAUGGCCGAGCAGACCGAGAAGGCGUUUCUUAAGCAACCCAAGGUGUUUCUAAGCUCCAAGAAAUCUUCCAAGGGGAAGAGACCUGGAAAGGGAGGGAAUCGUUUCUGGAAAAGCGUUGGAUUGGGUUUUAAGACCCCCAGGGAAGCCAUUGAUGGAACUUAUAUCGACAAGAAGUGCCCAUUUACCGGAACUGUUUCUGUUAGGGGACGUAUUUUAGCUGGAACUUGCCAUAGUGCUAAGAUGGUUAGGACCAUCAUUGUUCGGCGGAACUAUCUUCAUUUUGUCAAGAAAUACCAAAGGUAUGAGAAGAGGCACUCGAAUAUCCCAGCUCACAUCUCACCUUGCUUCCGUGUGAAAGAAGGUGAUCAUGUGAUUAUUGGGCAAUGCAGGCCAUUGUCAAAGACAGUGAGGUUCAAUGUUUUGAAGGUGGUUCCUGCUGGAUCAUCAGGUGGUGGGAAAAAGGCUUUUACUGGACUGUGAGACUUGAACUCUCCGAUAGUUCGUUAGGCUGGCAUUACAAAGAAUGUCUUGGAUCAAGUGAUAUAUCUCCUUUGUGUGCACCUAUCAUUAAUAUCUCUUUAUCUCAUUGGUUUUCUACCUAUGCAAUUACAGUUUUGGUUGAAUUUAUUUUUGUUCGACUCAUUGUGGUAUUGUUGGUAAACUAGUAAUAGGUCAAGUUCACCUUAGGGGCAUGUAUUGUUGAACUAAGUUAUUAACUUUAAAUUUAUUUAGUAGUAGAGUUUUUUUUUGAGAAA